GAAGUUGGAACUGGCACCCAAACGACAUGCCUGCCCCUUUAGCAUAAAAUUCCUGUAUAGAAUCAUUAGGCAUUCUUUUUCUUAUUCAAAUUCUUCUCCUUUGCCACGAGCGCAGGACGAGAUUGGAGCCGCAGUCGGGGCAUAAAUACCACCGGAAUGGUAUCUACGUGCUCUCUAAUAUCCGGGGCAUAGACGACGUUGUAGGGACGCGCGCGCGAGCUGCUCGCGCUUCCUCCAACUUAUCCUUCCAGAUGUCAUCCUUUUAUUCGUCCAACUUCCAGAACCACCCCCGCGACUCCCUCGAACUCGCCUCGCUAGCAAGCUCAAGCCCGGGCGCCGACACGGCCGAGACCGACUCGCGGCCGAGCAUAUCCUCCUCGCGUAAGGCCUCCCUCGAGCAGGAUGACCCGCUAGACUCGGAGAACCCGGCGGCCGCCGGCCGGCCCAACUACCACGGCCGCUCGUACUCGGUCUCGUCGACCUUCGAUUUUGCUGCGAACCUCUUCCCGCUCUCCUCCACCACCGGCGCCGGAUACGCCCCCAUCGGUGCCCCGACAACGGCUGGGAAUCCCAACAGCGGCCUCGGCGGGGGGUCGCUGGAGAAAUACAAGACCCUAACAUACCUCAACGGCCUGUCGCUAAUAGUCGGCUUGAUAAUCGGGUCCGGCAUCUUCUCGUCGCCGAGCCAAGUUAAUUCUAAUGUGGGAUCACCGGGGGCCGCCAUUAUCAUAUGGGUGAUUGCAGGGAUAUUGGCCUGGACGGGGGCGUCGAGCUACGCCGAACUUGGGGGCGCCAUUCCUCUCAAUGGAGGGGCGCAGGUCUACCUCUCCAAGAUAUUUGGAGAGCUGUCCGGAUUCUUGUUUACAUGGGUGGCCGUACUCGUCCUUAAGCCUGGCAGUGCCGCCAUCAUCGCCAUCAUCAUGGGGGAAUACCUGGUGAGGGCGGCCAUCGGUGCCGAGGCCGAGACGAUCAACCCCUGGGUCGGCAAGUCGGUGGCCUUGGCGGGGCUUUUCCUCGUCACCUUCUUGAACUGCGUGUCGACGCGACUGGGCACGCGCACGAAUGACAUGCUCAUGUUCCUAAAGUUCGUCGCAUUAUUUGGAGUUACGGUUACGGGCAUCGUCGUCGCCAUCACCGGCCAUUCUUUCUCGGGGACGGCGAACCUCGACUGGAAGACGCACGAAUGGUUCGAAGGGACGAAGAUGGAUGCUUCGGCUUGGGCUGUGGCGUUAUAUGCUGGUCUCUGGGCCUAUGAUGGAUGGGAUAAUACAAAUUACGUGGUUGGAGAGUUCCGCAAUCCGAGUCGCGAUCUCCCGCGGGUCAUCCACACAGCCAUGCCGCUCGUAAUCAUCAGCUACGUACUUGCCAACGUAGCCUACUUCCUCGUCCUCCCCCUGGACGCCAUCAACUCGACCAAUACGGUCGCAGUCGUGUUCGGCGCCAAGGUCUUCGGCCCGAUCGGGUCCCUCGUCCUGGCCCUCAUCGUCAGCGCCUCUUGCUUCGGCGCCCUGAACAGCACCACCUUUACCAGCAGCCGGCUAGUCUACGUCGCCGGCAAGGAAGGGUACAUCCCGUCCAUCUUCGGCCGCAUCGGCGUCGGCGCCACCGCGGCCGACGGGGCCUCCUCUCUCUCAACGGUGCGGACGCGCUCGUGGUUCGCCAGGCGGCUGGCGCGGCUCGUGGGCGACGAGGACCACGGCCUCUUCUUCACGCCCGUGUACGCGCUGGCGCUCAACUGCGCCCUGACGGCGGCCUACGUCGCCGUCGGCGAGUUCGCCACGCUCCUGACCUUCUACGGCGUCGCCGGCUACACCUUCUACUUCCUGACCGUCCUGGGCCUCAUCGUGCUCCGCGUCCGCGAGCCUUCGCUCGAGCGGCCCUACCGCGCCUGGAUCGCCACCCCUAUCGUCUUCUGCUGCGUCAGCCUCUUCCUCCUCAGCCGCGCCGUCUUCGCCCAGCCCCUGCAGACCCUCACCGUCGUCGCCUUCGUCAUCGCCGGCGUGCCCGUCUACUUCUGGCGCAUCGCCGGCCGCGACCGCGCCGCGAACAAGCGCGAGUCUCGCCGGAUGGCCGCGGAUGACGGCGGCGGCGGGGGAGACGGGCCGUGGUGGAAGUUUUGGAGGCGCUGGCGGAGGUGAUGAGAUCUUGAUCUUUAUUCCAUGACAGGUGCCGACAAGGGCCUCGGGAUCGUGAGCCGACUGGACCAGCCGCCCGCCCUCC